ACGAACUACUCGCAGAAAGUAGGCUCAGCUCGGCUCCACCAAACCAAGCCAAGCCAAUCCGGCUUGAUCGAGCAAUUCUCUUUCCUGCCUUGGAAUCUAUGACGGUGUACAUCUUAGACUGAUCACAAGGUGAACAUUAGAAGGAAGGUAUUUCUUUCUUUCGAAGGAAAAGCUAGGAACAGAUACUUGCCUUGUGCACGUGAAGAAGAACAAAUUCUUGCCACCCACCCACAUGGGUGCAUACCGAAUUAGUGCAUCACCGAUUUGAACUAGACACGAAGCCACCGGCCGGCACUGUUGUGGUGCAACCGGUGCAUCUCCAAUACAGAGGCGAGAAGAACUAGACACAAAGCCACCGGCCGGUGGAGGGAGGAGCUAGAAGCAAUGGCGGAGCUCGCGUCGGGCGCCGUGAGCUCGCUGCUGGGCGUCAUCCGCAACGAGGCCCUGCUGCUGGGCCGCGUCCGGCAUGACGUGCAGUUCAUCCAGGAGGAGAUGGAGAGCAUGCAGAGCUUCCUGGCGCACCUGUCAAAGAAGGCGCCCGGCGGUGGCGACCAGGACGAGCAGAUGCGCACGUGGAUGAACCAGGUCCGGCUGCUCGCCCAGGACAGCAACAACUGCAUCGACAUGUACCUGUACCGCGGCAACCCCGAGCUCCAUCUCGCCAGGGGCGGCCUCCGGCGCUACGUCUUCUGGCUUCCCUGGUUUGUUCACAAGAUGGUGGCGCAGCGUCGCGCGGCCGUCCAGCUGGGUGUCCUCAGGGAAAGGGCGCAUGACAUUGGCGAGCGGCGAACCAGGUAUGGUGUUGAGGUCCCGGCAAAGGAGGCGGCAGCGGCACUGUCGCCUACAGCGGAGGAGCAAGCGUCCGCAUCAUCCGCUAGUUCCGAUGAUGAAAAAGAAAAGAGCAACGAUCAACUCAUGCUAGCAGUGGCAACGACUAACCAUUCUGGUGUAAGAGGGACAUUUUACCAGCCUCGUACGCCGGAGGAGAACAUUAGGGUGAAGCUAGCCGAAUGGAUAGAGGAUGUCGCACAAUGCGGCACUGCUAUGGGAGAGCCCAUACCAUCGGUCGCCAUUGUGGCACAGGAUAAAGAGGAAACCCUGGCUAUUGCGAACGAAGCUUCGGCAAUGUGGGAAAAACGUUGUCCCCACUGGCGCAGUGUCAUGGUCGACAUCCCAGCAGUGCACAUCCAGUCCCGAACCCUUCGAACUCGGGACAUUCUGUACUACAUCCUGCGGAAGCUUCAGUCUCUCGAACCCCAGCCCCAGCAACAGGAAUGUCAAGUCGGUGAAGAGGAGGCUGAAAAAAUAAGAUUUGAUAUUCGCUUAGAAAAAUGGAAGCUGCUCGAUGAAGUCACAGAACAAAUCCAAGCAAUGAAGGUGGACAACAAACUUUCUGAAAUCAAGAACACCAUGGAACAAAUGAAGGGCGCACAACUGCAGAUCAACCUACAACAAAUGGAUGAAGACCUGCUGGGUCUGCCAGAAUCUGUUAAAGAUCAACCCUUAUGGGUACUCCUUCGAGCGCUGUGGCAGCUCAAGCACAAGCCUAUUGAAGGUGAGCCUACUACCAAACAAGACCAAGAAUGGAAGGAAGACAGAUUCACGCAUGAAUAUAUCAUCAAGAGAACAGCCGAGAAGCUUAAAGGGCAUAUGGAAGAAGAUGCAGACACAAAGGCAAUUCGUCUCAAAGAAGCCCAUUAUGAACAGAUCCUAAGGGAGGUGUUCCCCCCGGUGACCACCAAGAAGAACCCGCAGAUCCAGGAGCAAGCCACCGCCGUCAGCGCCACUAGCACCAUUAUAUUGGUCGAGGAUCAAAUCAAAGAAAUGAUCCGUAAGGUCCUUCAGGAGAAAUCCGUGCACAAACCAGGUGCUGAGCUACAGGAAGACAAAACCAUGAAGAAACCAGGUCCAGCUGAGCUGCAGGAAGACAAAUCCGUGAAGAAAAUAGAUACAACUGAUGGUAUACAAAGUCAGCAUUGUAUCCCCAAUGCUCUAAUUGAAGAAACCAUAGCAAAGAUUCAGGAAAUCGAGUGCACGAUGCAAGACCAGCUCCAGAUCAAAGGAAUCAUGGACAAAAUUGAAGAUUGUUUGACGGGACAAGAUGACAAGAUCCUGGUUAUCCUCAAACUCGAUGCUGACUGGGUAUCCAGAUGGAAGGAUACCAAAAAUGCUUUCAGCAUGUUUGGUUGCAUAGCCGGUGCACUGAUGUUGACAUUCAAAGAUAAGAUAGCACGAGCCAAAGAAUAUUGUUGGCCACUGCGGGAGCCUAUAGACUAUAGUCUUCUUGGCUUCUACCAUGAUACUGCACUUGAGCUUACAAAAAACCACAUGCUUGAAGAUAACCCAAAGAUUUAUCUUGACAUCUUGGACAAGUGUAAGCACCAUGAAUUCUGCAUGAAGAUCUUCAUUCAUGCUUUGCACGCCAACCCCAAGAGGAGCAAUGAGGAGCUAAGCAAGUUGCACAAAGCCCUGCAGCCGGUACAUGAAGCUUCACACACAUCUGCACACAACUCAUUGGACAGCAAUAUCAUUGCUAAGAAGAUGUUCAUGUUCUCUUACAGUGACCUGCCUAAGGAAUACAGGUCCUGCUUGCUAUACCUAGCAAUUUUCCCUCGAAGACAACACAUCAGGCGGUCAACCUUGAUAGGACGGUGGGUUGUAGAGGGGUUGAUAACCAAGCAAGACUGGGCCAGCUCUGUGCGACAUGCCAAUCGAUGUUUUGAGGCGCUCAUUAACCGGUGGCUUCUUUAUCCUGCUGAUAUUGGUGCUACAGGACAGGUGAAGAGCUGUGUGAUAGGUGAUGUAGUUCAUGGAUUCAUAACCAAGAUCGCCAGGAAACAGCGCAUUGUAGAAACACGCCUGUCACAUUACUUGGCUCGCCACUUCUCCAUUUUCAACAAUCUCCGAAUCCGUCGCUCUGAUACAAUCAAUAGAUUCUUUGAAAAGCUCUAUGAAGAAUCAUUUCGAGUAUCCAUUAUCAAGGUGCUAGAUCUAGAAGGUUGUAAAUGCUUUGGUGGUAAGAACCAGCGGUACCUCAAGGACAUCUGCAGGACGAUGUUACUGCUCAAGUAUCUGAGUCUAAGAAAAACAGAUGUUAAACAGCUGCCUAGUGAAAUCAACAACCUCCGUGAGCUGGAAGUAUUGGAUAUUCGGGACACCGAUGUGCCUGAGUCUGCAACAGUAAAUGUCCUACUCCUGAAGCUGAAGCAUUUGCUGGCUGGACACGUUGUGCUGAACUCAGUGCCUUGUGUUCCUGACAAGAUUGGAAAAAUGUUAAACAUGGAGGUAUUGUCCAAUGUCAAGGCACGAAAUCAUCAAGUUUUGAAAGAUAUUGGAAAGCUGUGGCAGCUGAGGAAGCUUGGUGUGGUUAUUGAAGACAAUGACAAACUCGUUAGGAAUUUGCUUCGAGCUAUCAGCGACCUGCAUGAGUGCCUCAAGUCUCUGUCAAUCACUCUUCCCAUGACUGACCAAGAUCGUUCCACCGAAGAUUUUCCAAUUGAUGUUCUCGAAUAUUAUAAACACCCUCCCAAGCUUCUUGAGAGCCUAAGCAUUACUGGAACCACAAAAAACAGGCAACUUCUUCAACUGCUGACCAAAGAUAAUGACUUCUUCCAACUUGCGAAGAUAACUCUAACUGGAACCCGACUGAAGCAGGAUAAUCUGAAGGUCCUCAACCAGCUUCCCAAUAUAGUUUGUCUCAGGCUCCGGGAAAAAGCAUACAUCGAUGACAAUCUCACCUUCAAGAAUGAAGAAUUCAAAAAUCUCAAGUGCUUUCUUGUUGAGGGCUCCAACAUGACUGACAUCUUGUUUGAAGGUGGAGCCCAUAAGCUGGAGAAGAUCAUUUUAUGCUCAACUGAUGGCAUACAAUCUCUUUCUGGGGUCGAAGCCCUUCCAGAACUGAAGGAAGUCGAGUUGAACAACAACAACAAUAAGCUUUCAUUGUUUGACAAGGCUAAGAAAGUUUCCAAGGUGACUCUCUGUAGUACCAAACUGAGUGAAGAUGACCUGAAAAUGUUCGCCAAGAUACGAUAUGUGCGCUGCCUAAUCCUGAAGGAGAAAGCUUGUGUUGAAAGCCAGAUUAAGUUCAACAAAGAUGAGUUCCCAAGUCUCAACCUUCUUAUUGUCGAUGGUUCUGCCAUCACCAACAUAGGGUUCGCCAAUGGAUCUGCUCCUAAGCUCGAGAAGAUCAUCUGGUCAUUCACAGAGGACAAGGUGCGGAGUCUCUCUGGCAUUGACAACCUACCAAAAUUGAAAGAGCUCGAGUUCAAUGGCGACUUGAUCCCUGGUGAGUUGAAAGAAGCAAUUAACAAACAUAAAAAUAAACCCAAUCUUAUACACAACAAACCAGAAAACCAAUACCAAGAAAUGGGAAACAUAAAAGAAAUGGGCAAGGCCGCAAGAUUCCCAUCCUGCUGGAAGAGCCAGGAUUGAUGCUGGAGGUGCCGUUCCUAUCAUAUCCAUUCAUCAUCGACUCCCAUCCCAUGGUGUGGCUUGUGUGUGCUAUUUGGCUUGCUGUUGUGUGUUUCUGUCCACAGUGCAUGUGUGGACAUACAUAUUCUGUAUCUAUGUAUGUUGAUCGGCUGAGUGUUGGCCCCUGCUACUUAUUAUGCAUUUGUGCCUUGUAACUAAGAUUGAGCAUAUGUAAUGGUGUGUACGGACGGGUAUGCUCUGAGUAACUAAGAUUGUGCCCUGUAACUAAGAUUGAAUAAAUGUAAUGGUGUCAAGUUUGAGCUCA